AUGGCUCCUGCAGUGUUGACUGGCCUCCUUCCUCUCUGUGUGUGCCUCCUGCUGGCAUCUGGCUUUGCCCAGGCAGGCAAGCUGCUGGUCAUACCCAUGGAUGGGAGCCACUGGUUUACCAUGCGAUCCGUGGUGGAACAACUCAGCCACAGAGGGCAUGAGGUGGUGGUGGUCAGGCCAGAGGUGAGUUGGCGCCUGGGACAAUCAACCAGUUAUACUGUCAAGACUUACUCCACAUCUUACAGUCUGGAGGAUCUGAAUGAUCAGUUCCGGAUUUUUGCUGACUCUCAGUGGAAAACUCGGGAUCAAAGUGUGAUUGCCCUGAUAAUGAAUCCAUCAAACACCAUUUUUAAAUACUUUUUUUCAAAUUGUAGAAGUUUAUUUAAAGACAAAAAAUUAGUAAAAUAUAUAGAAGACAGUUCUUUUGAUGCGGUGUUUCUGGACCCUUUUGACAUGUGUGGCUUGAUUGUAGCCAAAUAUUUUUCACUUCCGUCUGUGGUCUUCACCAGGGGACUGUUUUGCCACUAUCUGGAAGAAGGUGCGCAGUGCCCCAGCCCUCUUUCUUAUGUUCCGAGAGGUCUCUUUUCAUUAUCGGAUACCAUGACCUUCAGGCAGAGAGUGUGGAAUCACAUUAUCCACUUGGAGGAACAUUUAUUUUGUGGCUAUUUUUUCAAAACUGCUGUAGAAGUUGCCUCUGAGAUUCUCCAGACGUCUGUCACAGCCUAUGACCUGGUCAGCCAACCAUCCAUUUGGUUGUUACGAAAUGACUUUGUUUUGGACUAUCCCAAACCUGUGAUGCCCAACAUGAUCUUCAUUGGCGGCAUCAACUGCCACCCAAGAAAGCCACUGUCACAGGAGUUUGAAUCCUAUAUAAAUGCCUCCGGAGAACAUGGAAUUGUGGUUUUCUCUUUGGGCUCAAUGGUCUCAGAUAUUCCAGAGAAGAAAGCCAUGGAAAUUGCUGAUGCCUUGGGCAAAAUACCUCAGACAGUGCUGUGGCGCUACACUGGGACUCGACCAUCGAAUCUUGCCAAGAAUACAAUCCUGGUCAAGUGGCUGCCCCAAAAUGAUCUGCUGGGUCACCCGAAGACUCGUGCCUUUAUCACACAUUCUGGCUCCCAUGGUAUCUAUGAAGGAAUAUGCAAUGGCAUUCCGAUGGUGAUGCUGCCCCUGUUCGGCGAUCAGAUGGACAAUGCAAAGCGCAUGGAGUCCCGGGGAGCAGGAGUGUCCCUGAACGUCCUGGAAAUGACUUCUGCAGACUUAGAAAAUGCCCUCAAAACUGUCAUCAAUGACAAGAGCUAUAAGGAAAACAUCAUGCGCCUCUCCAGCCUCCACAAGGACCGCCCCAUUGAACCACUGGACCUGGCUGUGUUCUGGGUGGAGUUCGUGAUGAGGCACAAGGGAGCCCCGCAUCUGCGCCCCGCAGCCCACGACCUCACCUGGUACCAGUACCAUUCUUUGGACGUGAUUGGCUUCCUCUUGGCCAUUGUGCUGGGAGUUGCCUUUGUUGUCUAUAAAUGCUGUGCCUUCGGCUGCCAGAAGUGCUUUGGGAAGAAAAAGCGAGUUAAAAAAUCUAACAAAUCCAAGGCACACUGA